AUGUCUUCCCGUCCCUCCGCCAAGGUGCUUUCCGAGUCGCCGCGUUCAUCGCCUUCCCCCAUCGGACCUUCUUCGCCCACCUCGGUGCUCCACGGCUCGGCACCGCCUCCUGCCACGCGCAAGUCCAUCACACGUCAGCGCUCCUCGUCGCUCCAAAAGGGCGCCGCCGUGCUUCGUGCGCUCUCGCGUGCAGAGUCCGACUUCGACCGCGAGAUGCUCGAAAGGAGCGGCAUCCCUCAAUCAGACACACCUGCCAGCCUCGCCACGCCCGUACAGGGCGCUGCCUCCGCCAUCGACACUUCCGCCUCGUCUUCGAACGCCGAUAUGACGGCCAACGGCGCAAACGUGCGCCGCCGAGCUCAGUCAAGCAAAGCCAACGCCAGCAAGUCCACUUCUAGCAAGCCUCGAUCCAGUGGCCCCGUCGCGCCUGCGAGCAGCAAGAGCUGGGAGAUCCCACGCAAGAUCUUCCACAGCUCCAUCGGAUUCAUGGUGCUCCACCUCUACCUGUCCGGCACGGAUCUCAACGUGAUCGUGCGCAACCUGUCGUACUUCCUCGGCAUCGUGGUCACCGCCGACGUCAUCCGACUCAACAACGACGACUUUGAAAAGAUCUACGAAAAGGUGCUCGGCUUCCUCAUGCGCGAGUCCGAGAAGGACAAGGUCAACGGCGUGGUGUGGUACCUGGUGGGUGUCAUCACCUCGCUCCAUUUCUUCCCCGAGGACAUUGCGUGCGUCUCGAUCAUGAUCCUGUCGUGGUGCGACACGUGCGCAUCUACGUUUGGACGCGCGUUUGGCAGGUAUACGCCGGCGCUGCCGUCGCCGCCCUUUGCACGCCGCAAGUCCACCGCUGGGUUUGUGGCGGCCAUCAUCAGCGGCGCGCUCACGUCGUACCUCUUCUGGUGCACCUCGAUCGCCUCAUCGGGCGUGCGAACCAACGGCAUCUCCUGGUCCGGAUCUGGAUACGCGCACCCGGCCAUCUUUGGCACCGACCGUGUGGCGGGCGCAACGGGCACCGGAUGGGAGGGUCUCUCGACUGGCUUCCGCGGUCAGAGUGGCGCGGGCCUCCUGCCCGGUGCGUCGGGGCUGUCGGCGCAGUACCUGGGCGCGGACAGCAUCGCCAAGGGCAAGCUGGGCACGGAUGCGUUGCCCAUCCACAACGACGUGCCGGGCAUGCCGUGGUGGCUGCUCACGCUUGGCUCGGGCAUCGUGGCUGGCGUGGCUGAGGGCCUGGAGCUCGGCGGCGUCGACGACAACCUCUCGCUACCCAUCCUCUCGGCGGCUGGCAUCUGGUCGUUCCUCUGGUCGUGGGGCAGGAUUGCGUCCGUCUGGCAGCGAUGGUCCUCCUGA